UGUACUGUACAUGAUACCGGUAGCUACGGUAGCUAACAAUGGCAUCAUCCAAAGCCGCGGGGUAUACAACUCGCAAACUGUACCAGACAUAUCCAGCUCUUCGACGAGAGGUCAACAAGGUUCAACAAGAGAUCUUUGGCUAUUUUCCCAACUUGGGUGUUCGAACGGGCCACCAGAAAACAAAAAAGUCACUCCAAGGGGUCUACCUGAACCGAUAUUAUGAUGAACCCAUUGACAAAUAUGCAAGAAAGGCCCACCCUGAGGGAUUCAUGACAGAGUUGCAAGAGAGAAGACACGUCAAGCGAGAGUUCAUGAGAAGAAAGGGCAAAGGACCACCCAAAAAGGGAUCUGGAAAGAGAUCCAAGAAAUAGAAGCUUACAACAACAAUGUAGUCCUGAUUGAGAGGGAGUAAAAUGGAAUAGAAAGGAGGAUUUAAUUUUAGAUUAAACUGUCUGUCCCGACCACCCCGAGCUUUCUACCACCUGCAAAGAAUUCGAGCACGAAGCCAC